AUGCCUAGGUUCCGCUUGCCUGUCGGUCCUGGUGUGGCCCUUGCUGCGGGGAAAGCUCAGGACAGGCUUUCCUCCUGGAGCAUCCUCUGUAAACCGGUGCGUUGAGAAGCCACGCCUCUUUGGAGGAUCCUCUGCUCCUGUUUUUUCUGGCCGAGACCCAAUUCUUAGAAGAGAAACUCUAUUAUACUUAGGAGCAUUUUCACUUACUUAUGGGCCAUCAGACUAAGGACUCUCACGUACAUUACAUCUGGAGAAAAUUUCGAAGAAAAGUUGGCUGUGGCAGAAGUAAAACUUCGAGAUGAUCAAUAUACACUGGAGCACAUGCAUGCUUUUGGAAUGUAUAAUUACCUACACUGUGAUUCAUGGUAUCCAGACAGUGUCUACUACAUUGAUAACCUUGGAAGAAUUAUGAAUUUAACAGUGAUGCUGGACACUGCCUUAGGAAAACCACGAGAGGUGUUUCGACUUCCUACAGAUUUGACAGCAUGCGACAAUCGCCUUUGUGCAUCCAUCCAUUUCACAUCUUCUACCUGGGUUGCCUUGUCAGAUGGAACUGGAAGAUUGUAUCUCAUUGGAACAGGUGAACGAGGAAAUAGUGCUUCUGAAAAAUGGGAGAUAAUGUUUAAUGAAGAGCUUGGGAAUCCUUUUAUCAUAAUUCACAGUAUCUCAUUGUUGAAAGAUGAAGAACAUUCAAUAGCUACCCUACUUCUUCGAAUAGAGAAAGAGGAAUUGGAUAUGAAAGGAAGUGGUUUCUAUGUUUCCUUGGAGUGGAUCACUAUUAGUAAGAAAAGUAAAGAUAAUAAAAAAUAUGAAAUUACUAAGCGUGAUAUUCUCCGUGGAAAAUCAGUGCCUCAUUAUGCUGCUUUUGAGCCUGAUGGGAAUGGUCUAAUGAUUGUCUCCUACAAGUCCUUCACAUUUGUUCAGCUUGGUCAGGAUCUUGAAGAAAGUCAGGAUGAAAACAUGUCAGAGAAAAUCAAAGCACCUCUGUAUUACUGGCAACAAACUGAAGAUGAUUUGACAGUAACAAUACAGCUUCCAGAAGAUAGUACCAAGGAAGAUAUUCAAGUACAGUUUUUGCCUGAUCAUGUCAACAUUGUACUGAAGGGUCAGAGAUUUUUAGAAGGAAAUCUGUAUUCAUCUAUUGAUCAUGAAAGCAGUACAUGGAUAAUUAAAGAGAAUAACAGCUUGGAGAUUUGUUUGAUUAAGAAGAAUGAGGGACUGACAUGGCCAGAGCUAGUAGUCGGUGAUAAACAAGGGGAAUUUAUAAGAGACUCGGCCCAGUAUGCUGCAAUAGCUGAACGUUUGAUGCAUUUGACCUCUGAAGAACUGAAUCCAAAUCCUGAUAAAGAAAAACCCCCUUGCAAUGCUCAGGAGUUAGAAGAAUGUGAUAUUUUCUUUGAAGAGAGCUCCAGUUUAUGCAGAUUUGAUGGCAGUACAUUAAAAACUACUCACGUGGUGAAUCUUGGAAGCAACCAGUACCUUUUCUCUGUCAUAGUGGAUCCUAAAGAAAUGCCCUGCUUCUGUUUGCGCCAUGAUGUUGAUGCCCUACUCUGGCAGCCACACUCCGGCACACAAGAUGAUAUGUGGGAGCAUAUUGCAACUUUCAAUGCUUUAGGCUAUGUCCAAGCAUCAAAGAGAGACAAAAAAUUUUUUGCCUGUGCUCCAAAUUACUCUUAUGCAGCCCUUUGCGAGUGCCUUCGACGAGUUUUCAUCUAUCGUCAGCCCACUCCCAUGUCCACUGUACUCUACAAUAGAAAGGAAGGCAGGCAAGUAGGGCAGGUUGCUAAGCAGCAAGUAGCAAGCCUAGAAACCAAUGAUCCUAUUUUAGGCUUUCAAGCAACAAAUGAGAGAUUAUUUGUUCUCACUACCAAAAACCUCUUUUUAAUAAAGGUAAAUACAGAAAAUUAAUUACUCCACAUGUUGGCUUCUCUGUACUGGAAAAGUAUUCAGUGGUGGCUGGAAGGUUGGGCAUUUGUGCUGUAACCUUUUAAAUUUUACUGUGUUAAAUAAAAUUAUCUUGUAUGAAUUUAUUUUUCAAAGGAUAUUACAAAUAUAUUCAAGAGAUUAUGAAUCUGUAAAAGCUAUGGAAUGAAGGUGCAAAUUUAGAGAAAAUUAGCUUCUGUAGAAACUAAAGAUAGUAUUAGCAAUUAUAAUUAUUUUUAAAAACAGUAGCUAGAAUCUCAUCUUUUGUAUGAAAGAUGUACAAUUCAUUGUUUAAAAAUAAAAGUAUUUAUCAUGUACUGUUUGUCCAUUGAUAUAGUUUCUACUUCUGUACCUACAGAAUGUAUAGAAUAAUGGUUAAAAUGUUGAUUUUUAUAAAUUACUCUUGAACGGGGGUGGGGGGAGAGGAGGAAGUAUGUAUAACAGGAGUACAGGUUUAUUAUUGUUAGAGUUUGCUGAGAGACCUUAAGGGUUUUUUCAAAUUAAGGAUAGCUUUAUUUAACUUUUAUCCAUUUGGUCUCCCACAGACAUAGGUAAAGAGAGAUGAUAGUGUUCUGCAAAGUGUAACUCUUAUCCAUUGCUCUGUAACAAAUCACUUAUUACAGGAUGUCGUAUAAUUUUUCAUGAUUGAGCAUCUCUGCUGUCUCUGUUGUGCAUGGCCUCUCCUUUUCCAGAAGGCUAUUCUGUGUGUGUUCCCAUGACAGAGAAAACAUUCCAAGAGGGCGAGUUCUAAUGUACAAGUUUAUCAAGCCUGUACUUGCAUCAUAUUUGCUCAUCUUCCACUGAACAACACAAGUCAUAUGGCCAAGUCUAGAGUCAGGGUGAGAGAGGAGUAUGCAAGGAUUCAUAUAGCAGGUGGUCUGAUUCCUUGGGAGCCAUUACUGUAGUAGUCUGCCACACAGAUUAUCAUUUGUUCCUAUAGUUCUCUUUGUGUUUCUAAUCCUGUUGAUACAUUAAAUAGGUUUUGCCAUGAAUUUUAGAUUCUCAUAUUAUUUUCCUUGCAUUUCUUUUGGUUUGCAUUUACUUGGAAAGGGGUUUACUUGUAUACUAUUUUUGUAUGCUUCUUAUAUAAACUUUGAGUUAAAAUUUGUAUUAAAAUAGAAUGGAGACAUUAAGAAGCAGAAAAUGAAGAAAAGAGAUAUGAUAGGAAACACUUGUUCCUAAUAUAUUUCUUGCCAAUCUAGACAAGUAUUUGGCUAAAUUAAAUUUUAAUGAGAGAAGGAAAAAUAAGUUUGAGAGACAGAAAAGGAAGGGAAAGAUGGGGCUUACACGUGUGUUUUAAACACCAGGUCAGAAUGCAGUUUCCUAGAGAGAAGUAUUAGGAUGCUAGAUUGAAAGUAGAGAAAACUACUGGUGAAACACCAGUAGUGAGAACUGAUGGCGACAGUGGAGUUAAUAGUACUCUUGUUAAUACUAGGAAAGUGAUAGACUAGAUAGCAAUUAAGCAUCAUGAGAUCAUGAACAUAGAGAAAAAAAAGUAUGACUGAACCAAAAAACAAAACAGUGAUAUUUCCAGAGCCUUUUAGUGUCAUUGCGAAAUUUAAUGAAACAAAAGACUACUUAGAGAGUAAGCUAUUAAAAGCCCUUAUGUGACAGUACAUUUGAAUUUUUAAAAAAUUUUACCUCAAAGAUACCCUCUUAGGGAAUCUAAGAAAAAUGCAGAUUAACAUGGUGCUUAAUUAACAAUAUGACAAUGUACAUAAUGCAAAUUUCCAAAUAGUAAUCAAUUUUUUAUUUUGUACAUGUGAUUUUUAAUGGUUAAUGUUGAAUUGAAACCUAUCCAGAUAAUUAGUACUAAGUAUUGUUGCAUAUGAUCUAUGUUAAGAGAGUAAUAGGUCUAGAGCAUUAAUUCCUAGCCAUGUUUUCUUGAAAUGUUUUAAGGACUCCACAAACAUUUAACUCAGCUUAAACCUUGCUCUGAACUUUUAAAAAUGAAUGCAGCACCUUGUGCUUUGAUUUUUAUCAUGUUAUAAAUGGGAAUUUAUAAAAUAUGAUAGUAAUAAAGUAGUACUUUGUGUUUUUCA